AUGUCUGGAUCAAGCACGGCGUCGUCUAGCCCGAUUCAGUCAAGCCCCCCGCCGAGGAUGCAGGCAAGCACCAGACCAAUCGAAAGACCGGAGGGACAUGGCACAAUCCAAUCUGGAAGCUACAGCGGAUAUGAAGGAGGUAGCUCCAGGGUCAGAGCCUUUCCUAUUCGUGCCGGGUCAGAACGUAAAAGGCGGUUGACCAGUACUGGCGAGGAUGCGAGGUUGCAUUGGAGACAGUCUGGAGGCACGGCUGGCCCGGCCCGAGACAAUGGGGGAUCUUCCAGGAGUACCUUGCCGCAUAGAUCUGUUUCAAUGGUACUGCCUUCAUCCCGCGCCAGGACCUCCAUUCCCGCAGCACCUGGCUCUUCGUUUGCAACAGCAAUUGCAAUAUCUUCCUCUCCCCCAGGGACGCCUCAUUCGUCUACUUCUGGCGAACAGCUGCCGGGUCUCUCUCGACGGGAGAAUCCAACACCCUGGAUUAAUCAAUCCCGCUCCAUCACCCCUCUUCCUAAUAAUAUAUCUUCGCCAUUUAUGGAUAUGGCUCUCCCUAAAUGGCAGGCAGAUUCAGAUGUGUCAGAAUGUCCUAUCUGUGGGAUAGUCUUCAGCUUCUGGCACAGAAAGCACCACUGUCGAAAGUGUGGGAGAGUCGUUUGUGCAUCAUGUUCCCCACAUCGGAUCACGAUUCCCAGAGAGUACAUUGUCCGCCCUCCUGAGUUUGUUGGUAUCCUCUCCAAUUCUCCGCCAAUGUCUUCCCGUCCUCCACCAGUCGUCGAUCUCACAGGCGAUGACCCUAUUCUGUCAUCAACGCCAGCAACAGCGACAGAAACAACGACAGUCAAUCCUGCUCUCGGUGGAGGCGAAGAAGUACGACUUUGCAAUCCUUGUGUGCCAGAUCCAAAUCCGAAUCCCCCUGGCUACAGCACCGUGCGGGCACACAGCCACCAAUCCACUCAUUCUCUCUCAUCCACAAUGGCCAACGCGUACCAUGCCUCAUCAGGUUCGAGCCAAAAUCCUCAAGGUCGUCAGGAACGACGAACUGUGGGUGCAAAUGACCGCCCACACUUAUUGAGCGAACUGAACUCGCAACCUCGUCAAGUUCCUUCUGCCACCGGCAUCGUGCGGCCAUGCCGUUCUUUCUGUAGCCGCGAGGGCAACCUGCCGUGCGGGCCAUCCCUAGAUGAGAGUGAUUUCUGCCCCGUAUGCAGACGCCAAUUCCUUCCACUGAGUCCCGACCGGCCGCUUGAGGCGCGUCAAGCUCACACCCGGGCAUGCAUUGAGGGCUAUCUGAGACCGACUCCCCCAUCACGAACAUCAUCCGUACAACUGGGUCCUCCACUGCCGCACCUUCCACCAGCAACCCACAUGCUUCAAUUCGUGGCCACGGAGAAGGACUGCCUAGGUGAAGAUGGCCAGGCAGCGGAGUGCACGAUCUGCAUGGAGGACUAUGAGGUUGGGCAGAUUCUGGCCCGGCUUGAGUGCCUGUGCAAGUUCCACAAGCACUGCAUUGUCGAUUGGUUUGAGAGAAAGAUGGAGUGCCCUGUUCACAAGCUUUCCUAA